AUGGUGAUAAAUGCGGAAAAAAGUAAUGAUGCUUCUCGAUACGGAUUGGUUGCUGAUCCACGAGCUUCCAUAGAUUUUUUCAUUGGCCUAUUGACGUGUUUGUAUGCGUUAAUACUGACAAUUAUAGCGCUAAUAAUUGAAGUGUCACCAAUAUGGAAAACCGACAUCUGGAUAGCGGAGACUACGUUCUUCUUAUUCAUGUAUGGUUUUGGCAUUGCGUUUUUCUUUUGCUGUUAUACAUUUGUCAUUUACCCCGAAAUAUACAACUUCGUCAUAAAAUGGCUGGUGAGAGUGAAAGUCCUGCAAAAUUCUCAGAAAUGGAUAAUUCAGAAGACCAAUCACAACGGGGAAGGAGCUGGCACCCUGUAUCUACGAUUAGGAGCAUUGUUUUUCGGCAGUGCUGGCAUCGUAUUGUUUGGUUUGGAAAUGUUUCUCUGCAUUGAGGACAGCAAUUGUAGGACUUCAAGUAUAGCGAAGCAUGUUGUGGCGAUAUUGUUUACCUUUAUACAAAUGCAUUUUAUAUUUUGUAAUUCGAAGGUGAUUUAUAAACUAGCGAAACUUGGGAUGAUGCAUUUGAUCUCAGUGAACCUAUGGACGUGGUUCAGAUUCGUCCUUGUGAAAACGGAACACAAAGUUGCGAAGAAACAAGCCUCUCACAGUUUUCCUCUAUCACCGCGGUCGUCAAGCGAAGAAGACGAUAAUAUCACAAUAAGAGCGCAAUUACCUUUGCACGCCACAUCGGUUAGAUAUAAGCACUGCCUAGGUGCUAUAGACCAAUUCGGUGAUGCUGCCACAUUCCUCACCACGUGUCUUGUAGAGUAUUCUCUAAUCGGUGCAGCGGUCAUGUUCAUUCAGUGGAAAUCCAUUGGCUGUGCUAUCGCAGGCCAUUACGGCGAGGAAAAAGUCAAAAGAAAAUGCAAAAUGAGAAUAGACUGCAGUUCGUCUUCGACAGGCCUUUUCGCUGGCAUUAUAUUUCUGAUAGCAGCCUUUGUUUCAAUGGGAAUGUAUACGAUAUUUGAAGAACUGAGGAAUAGUCGUGGAGCACAGUUAGUGUUCGGAAUUGUGGACUUGUGCAUGUUUUGUAUGACAUUAGGUGCAUGUCUGAUAGGGUUGUGGAGGAUGAAGGCACUCCAAUAUCGAAUGUGUGCUCAUGGCGAGGUUAUUGAUGAAAUUCUGCUCAUAAUUGGUCUUAUUGGGGAGAUCGUCUACUGCGUGAUCGGAAUGGAUAUUUUUCUCGCUACGAGGCGUGCCAGAAUCGACCCUUCACUGCUACCCGCGUUCGUAUUUGCAUUCCGUCUCAUACAAGUCGUCGUUCAAGCAGCAUUCAUUUUAAUCACUUCCAGGUUGCGAUGCUCAUCACCCUAUACGGUUAAGAAGAAACCUGGAAAACAAAUUAUCACUUUUCUUCUUGUCGCUAAUGCUACGCUAUUCGUUUUUCAUACAUAUGAAGGCAUGAAGUCAAGUUUUGGAAUCAGUGAGUAUGGCGGAACAACGUACACAAAUGCUAUCCACGCUGUUGCUCCACUACUUGUCUUUUACAGAUUCCACAGUUCUGCGUGUUUAGCAGAAAUUUGGAAACACACGUAUAGUACGAAGCCACAUGAACGGCGCCAUGGUAGUGUCACUAUGUCGGAUUCAAAUUUAACUUUGGAGACCACUGACAAUUGUUCAAGCAGCCGUUAA